AUGGCUUUUAUGAAAAAAUACCUCCUCCCCAUUCUGGGGAUCUUCUUGGCCUACUACUACUAUUCUGCGAAUGAGGAAUUCAGACCAGAGAUGCUUCGAGGAAAGAGAGUGAUUGUCACGGGGGCCAGCAAGGGAAUCGGAAGAGAAAUGGCCUAUCAUCUGGCGAGGAUGGGAGCCCAUGUGGUAGUGACAGCGAGGUCAGAAGAAAGUCUAAAGAAGGUGGUAUCCCACUGCCGGGAGCUGGGGGCGGCCUCAGCGCACUACGUGGCGGGCACCAUGGAGAACAUGACCUUCGCAGAACAAUUUGUUGCCAAAGCUGGAAAGCUCAUGGGGGGACUUGACAUGCUCAUUCUCAACCACAUCAACUACACACCUUUCAGUGUGUUUACCAAUGACAUCCAUCUCUUGCGCAGAAGCCUGAAUGUCAACCUCCUGAGUUAUGUGGUCCUGAGCACGGCCGCCUUGCCCAUGCUGAAGCAGACCAACGGGAGCAUUGUGGUCGUCUCCUCCAUAGCCGGGAAAAUAGCUUUUCCACUUAUUGCUGGCUAUUCUGCAAGCAAGUUUGCUCUGGAUGGGUUCUUCUCCUCUCUCAGGAUGGAAUAUGAGGCGACCAAGGUCAAUGUGUCAAUCACCCUCUGUAUUCUUGGCCUCAUCGACACAGACACAGCCAUGAAGGCAACUGCUGGGAUAUACAGUGCACAAGCAUCUCCAAAGGAAGAAUGUGCCCUGGAGAUUAUCAAAGGUGGAGCUCUGCGCCAAGAUGAAGUAUAUUAUGACAGUUCCAUCUUGACUUCUCUCCUGCUGAGAAAUCCAGGGAGGAAGAUCAUGGAAUUUCUCUCCUUGAAGAGAUAUAAUAUGGAAAGAUUUAUAAACAACUAG